GUGACCUUUCACCUUUCUCGCCUAACUUCAGUUCAGCCGAAUGUUUCCAAGUGAGCGAAGUUAUGGCGAGCGUGUCCCAAUAUUUCUAUGAGCUUGCGGAGGAAAUCCCGGAUGACAAGUGGAAGGAUGUGGCACACCAUCUGGGGUUGAAGCGAGCCAAGGUCAGUGCUAUAGAUGCAGAGAACCGGUACCUGAAGGAGAAGAAUAUGAAGACUUUGGAGGCCUGGCGGCUGAAGAACGGCAGGAACGCCACGAUACCGUGCCUGAAGAGGGCUCUCCAUGCUGCGGAGGUGGGCUGGGUAGCAGACAGUGUGAUAGAUGGAAUCAGAGAGGAGGAUCUCCCCUUGAAGUCAGGAAUACAGGAGGAAACAAAACAAGAGAACAGCAGCUGUACAACAAGCCAUGGUGCCACAUACACCAGGUCAAAUAUCACACCACCUUUCCAACAGCAAGAAGGUGCACUCCUGGGUAUGGAGGGUGAUAUGAAACAGUUACAAAUAGCUGACAAACAUCUGUCUUCCUUGGAGCAGCCUACUUCACCUCAAAGUGCAUGUGAGAAAGCUAAGAGAAUGCAAGGAUCCGGAGUCCAGACAGUGGGAGGUCCUGCAUGUGGUGUGACACUCCAGCCCUGUUCUCUACAGUUCUUUCACCAGGUAUCUCAGGACAUGCUGAGAGAAAUUGAACGUUUCUCCAAACUGGAUGAUCACAAAGACCGUAGUUGCUGUAUUGUGUUCCUGAUGUCUCAUGGCCAGGAGGGCUGCAUCAUGGGAAGGGAUGGCCAGAGGGUCAAGCUGAAGGAUAUCUUCAGGCUUUUUGAUAACAUUCAUUGUGAAAGCCUGCUGGGGAAGCCAAAGCUUUUCUUCAUUCAGAGUUGUCGUGGAGCCAAUGUUGAUAGGGGAACAGUUCCUCCAAGAGAUGUGCCAGAUGCAGUGGGGGUUCUGAAAGAGCAGACUCUGAGUCGUCAACUGUUUGGACCAAUGGGAGUUGGAGAGGAUGUCCCAGAUGCUGCUAGAUGUGUUGAUCAGCCAACCAGGACAGACAUGUUCUUUGGAUAUGCAACACAAGAGGGAAACAUGGCCUUCCGAAAUGAGACACAAGGCAGCUGGUAUAUCCAGGCAAUGGACCAAGUGUUCCGGCAACAUGCUAAAGACACUCAUGUGGCAGACAUGAUGACAAUGGUGAACAGACUAGUGGCUGCAAAGACGGCACAAAGUGAGAACUCAGACUACACAGGUGGCAAGGAGGCAUCCGAGUACCUCUCCAACUUACAGAAAAAUCUCUACUUCUUUCCUGGCCUAUAAAUCUCAGACUCUGCUAUCAACAAGUUGAGCGAACUUGAGCCAUCUGGAGCCGCCUUUCUAUGGAUGAUGUAGCUGCAGAAUCUGUCAAUGCCUUCAGCUGGACAGUCACUGGAGGGGGAUGGAGUAUAUGCCUUGCUCAACAUCAUAAACUGUCAACAUAAACUCUGGACUUUAGCUUAAGCGGAUCAUAUAGGGCCUGUCAUUGUGAUAGGAUGAGUGGACAUCCUGUGUAAUUGUAUGAGAGACACCCCAGCACCUGGAAUGGUUCAGUCUGCAUGUCACCAUGUGACCCUGAUUGGAUGUGGAGACUUUCAGUAAAUUGCUCCGCACAAUUUUCGUAAUUUUCUCCCGCCCUCCCAUCCCAGUGUUUCUUUAUUUGUCAACUAAAAACAGCAAACAUUAAAGAACUCGCAACCGCCAUCCCCAGGCUCCUGUCUCUUCGGCUCAGUUAAAUCUUAAUGACAUGCCAUUUUACAAGAUGUCUUAUUUGCAUGGGAAAUAGUAAUGAAAUAUGAACCCAAAACACACAGACAAGUAUGUUCACAAGUUUUGUGGAAUAACAGAUUUAUUUUAGUAAAGAGUGCACCAAUAUAUUACAAAAUCUGGAUAGAUGCCAGUAUUACCUACCUGAACAAUCUGUUGUAUGAGGAUGGAUCUUUUCUUACAAGCAAAGUCCUCACUCACUCACUCACUCACUCAUUCACUCUCACUCACUCACUCACACUCACACACUCACUCACUCACUCACUCACUCAAUCUAAAUGACUUAACCAAGGAUUCAAGGCAAAUAAUGAAUUACAACUCUAUGAAAGCGGCCAUACCCAAAAAAUGGAAAGACA